AUGCGAUUCUCAACCACCUACUCCCGCCCGAUCCUGACCCCACUGGGGCAGCGGCUCCUCAUCCUCUCCGAGCGUAAGCUGUAUGACCUCGACGCCCCCAUCGGGACGCGCGAGUCCGGUACCACCCUCCUCCGCACCAUCCUCGUCCAGCAGACCGUCCGGGCUGCGUGGGAUGCGGUCGACCAGGGGCGCCAGGGUGGCCUGAACGACUGGUCUUCGCCUACCGCGAUGGGCCUGGACGUCCUCGGCGAGGAGGAUGAGGAAGAGGCGGAAAGUCUGGCGGAGAAGGAGGACAGGUGGUUCGAAGAUCUCCUGUCGGACCUAGGAGAGGAGGAGGAACCGCCGGCCUACGUCUACUCCCUUUCGGCCUCUUCGUCUACUCCGUCGUACACCCUUUCCCCCGCGGUCGCAACCGUACAGGUCCUCUCGGCGGAUACGACCCCUUCCGCCUUUGAGGCAGCCCUCGGUCCCACUUCUCACAUCGAAUACAUCCUUCCCUCACUCGACCUCUCUCCUCCCUGCUCCCUCCCCAUCACUCCCACGGACGAAACUACCAACCCGGACCUUCUGCCCCUAGACGAGCUGGACGAGUACGACGACCUCGUCCUCCCUCCCCUCAUGCGCCGCUCGUGGUCCAGCGACAGCUCGGACUCGGACGAGUGCCCUACUCCCCGGCUGGACUCCGCGGAGCUUGAGGAUGUGACCGGCGGAUAUGACUGGAAGUGGGGCGGCGGGGAGGUAGAAGCGGAGGAGGAUGAGUGGGAUAUGGGGAUGCUUGGGCGGACGUCUGGGGGGGUCCGGCUCCGCGGGUUAUGA